GCUACCGUGUGGAGACCAGAGGAGGCGUUUAUUAAAACAGGAGUGUUAUCAGCAUGAAUGCUGAUGUCAACGCAGCAGCAUACAAACAGGCUCAGUCUAGAUUCACUCACUCAGGGCCCCGGGGCAGCAGUGCCUGCAAGGAAGAACAUCCGAUUCCUUUCUCUUCAAUCAUUACUGCUAAUACAAACACCUGACUGAUCUGUGGGUGAGAGUGCGUUUUGACAUUGAGGAGACUUGACUUCACUUUUUUAGAGCGAAAAGCGGCUCCUUGUACAUUUUCUACAGCGUGAGGGUUCACAUCACCUCAGUGGCUAACAUGAACGGGACACAGUUUCCUGUCAGUGCGGUGAACCAGCCUCUGAGCAGCCACAACAUCUCCAGCAGCCUUUGGCAAGCAAAGGGCAUCAAGGGAGUCCAGAUCGCAGCGACACUGCUCAUCUUUCUGGUGGGCAUCAUUCUGAAUGGACUGGUGGUCUGGGCACUUGGACUGCAGCGCCGCCGUCACUUUACACGCAGAGGCAGUGGUGAGCAGACGCGUGCCGCCAACAGCUUCCGUGUCUAUGUCCUGAACCUGGCCCUGGCUGACUUGGUGCUUCUCCUGCGGACCCCCCUCAUGUUGGGCUACAUCGCUCACAACCACAGCUGGCCGUAUGGCCGUGGCUUCUGCCACCUCAUCAUGUUCCUUCGAGGCCUGGGGCUGUACACCUCCGCUUUCCUUCUCUGCGCUGUGGCCUUGGAGCGAUGUCUGUGUCUGCUAAGGCCUGUGUGGGCUCGACUGCAACGGCCACGCUGGGCUGUUCCUCUGGCAUGUGGACUCUUAUGGCUGUUAGCCGCCAUUAUGUCUGCCCCCUACUUGCACACUGCUGUCCUGAUCGAAAUGGGCGGGAAAUACCAGUGCAGAGAGAGUGGAAACUUUACCAUGGGGCUGUUUCUCACAGAGACAUUAGGAGGUUUCAUCCUCCCCCUGCUGGUUUUCCUGGGAAGUAACUUGGCCGUCUUACUCACCAUUCAGCGGCAAACACUGCCUCCAACACCCACCUCCCCCAGCCCUUCAACUGCACGCAAGAUGACCAGGAUGUACCAUGUGCUUUUCUUCACCAUGCUCCUCUUCCUCACCUGCUGGGUGCCCUAUUUUGUUUGUCGGUUCCUGCGAGCCUUGGCCGAGGUUCGGUCUGAUUGGCCCCAGCUGUAUAUGGGAGCAUUAAAGGGCACAUACAUAUCACUGUACCUGGUGUACAUCAAGUGUGCUCUUAAUCCUGUGCUCUAUGUGUUUGCUGCCAGAGGCUUAGGCCGCGCUAUCAAAGCUUCACUUGUCUCCACGAUUGAACGACUUUUCAAUGAGGACUCCUCAGAGUCUUUACGAAGGAAGUCAAUGAAGACCUCAAACAUGUAACCGAGGGGUUAACAAUGUUUGUGAGUUUGAGGUCGUUUUGUACGUUAAAAAACAUAAAUGCUUUCCAUAUUUGUAAAGUGGAAAAUCUAGAUGUUACUUUUAAUUUGCUGAUUCCUCAUUAAUGCAAAUAGCUCACAAAUCCAAAAAAGGGAACUGAGUAAAUAUGAGGUAGAGAUUUGAGUGACAUUUUCAGGCAAUGCUUUUCCAGAUCAGUGUGAAAGACCCAAUAGACAGAAAAUAGGUGGAUCUUGUGACCUAUAUGUAGGAGACAUUAUCCUGCUGCACUGAUUUGACUGUAAUUUGAAGUGAUUCCAGCUGAAUCAUAGUUUGACUAUUCCCUCUUAUUUCAUUCCACCAUGUAAGAAACACUUUCUGACAGGAGAUUAGCAUAAUGAAAGUUAGAUUUAAAUACGCAGAGUGAUGUUGGCAGAAAUCAUAAUUUUUGGGAAACACAGCUCAGCUCUCAUGAUUAGCCAGACAGACGAUGCCUGAAUAAGAAAACAACGAACAGUGAAGUGCAGAAGGACAAAUAGACAUCUCAGUGAAAAGGCACAGGUUUCCUUUACUGUAGAACAAGAAGAUGGUCAGUAAAACCAGAUGACUGGAGACUCUAAAAAUGCCUCUUUUGUUGUGACAUGCUGAAGGCAGGGUCAUACCUGGAAUCAAAAUGAAUUCAUGAACCAUCUUGUAUGUUGGUUUGUGGGCAGGAAACACCUUCUUAGACAUGAAGCCCGAAGCUCAAAGUAGGAUCAUUAGAGAUUUCGGGCUCCAUAGUAAUGGGUGCUUACAACACAACACUCUAUCAUCCAGGUCCCGCUGAUACAUGCAGACGACAGCUCAUGAGUCAGUCUCAGCUGUCAAUCAUGACAUUUCACCACUAAUUUCAUAGCAUACAAUAACAAAUGAAAACUACCCACACAGACAGAAAGUAUGUACUUUGAAUCUGGAGUUUGGUACAUGUCCCAUCCACUGACAUAGACGUAGGAGGGUGACCAAUAACGUAGCCAGUCACCAAGCAGCAAUAAAGGCAAUUUGGCAUCACCUCUGUGGAACCGUUAUGACGUUACUACUACCUGUUGCAACCAUUUCCUACUGAAUGACCCACUGAAUGUACGUCUGAGGACGAAGCAAAACAAGCUUGACAGGAAGUUGCAGGAUUUUCUGUGACAUUGUGAAUGUACUACAUCAAUGACUGGACCUUAUUUGUGCAAAAAUGGCUUCAAUAUAAAUGAAUGGCAGCACUUUACAUUUAUUUUCUGUCUACAUU